AUUUAUAUAAAUCUUUUUUCAUCAAAUGAGCAGCGCAUUAUUAGACGAUAUUCCAGAUUUUAAAGAAGAAUAACAACCAAUAAAAGACAAAGAAACAGAGUAAGAGCAAAUAUUGAGAAUCCUAGAAAAUAUGGCAAUUACAAUGUCUCUCAAUUUAAAAACUUUGGACUUAAAGAGGAGCUCUUAAGAGCAGUAAAAGAAGCAGGAUUUGAACAUCCAACAAGAGGUAUAAAAUAAAAUAAUAUAAAUAGUCCAAGCUGAGUCAUUAACAAAUGCUUUGUUAGGGGAAUAAUUGAUCUGCUAAGCAAAGGCUGGUACUGGAAAGACUGCUGUAUUCGUGCUUACAGUGUUAAAUACUAUAAAUACAGAUAGUAAUAAAGUUGAAUGCCUUGUAAUUACACAUACAAGAGAACUAGCCCAAUAAGUAUAUAUAUUUAAUAUUUUAUAUAAUAGGCUCGAGAUGAAUUUUUGAGAUUGGGAAAGUUUAUGAAAAGCGUAAAGGUGGAAUGUUUCUAUGGUGGAGGUGAACCUGUAUCUGUGAAUAUCUAAACUAUUGAAACAGUGAAACCAUAAAUAGUAGUAGGGUAUAAUUAAUUUUUUAAUAUUUAGUACACCCGGACGUCUUAAGGAUUUGAUUUGUGAGAGGAAAGCAUUGAAAGUAGAUAGAUUGAAGUACUUUAUCUUGGAUGAAGCCGAUACAAUGAUUGAAGAUUUGAACAUGAGGUGUUGAUUUUUGGAAAUAAUUAUUUUUAGAAAGGACAUUUAGGACAUCUUCUUAAAGUCACCAUAGGAGAAAUAAUUUAUGGCAUUUAGUGCAACAUUUACAGAAUCAAGUAGAACAUCUUUAAAAAGAUUUAUUGCUGACAAUAAACAUGUAAUAUUUCAUAAUUAAUUUAUUUAUUUAGAUUUAUGAAAUUACUAUUAAACCAGAAUAACUCUUUUUAGACAAAUUAAAGCAAUAUUAUAUGAAAGUUCCAGAAGGACUUAAAUUUCAUUAUUUAAGAUAAAUAUUAAAUACAUGCAAAUUAAAUUAAUGCAUUAUUUUUGUUAAGAGUGCAGAGAAAGCUGAUGCUUUGGUUACAGAACUCAAAAAGAAAGGAGAAGAGUCUGUUAGAUAACUCUAUGGAGGUAAUAGACUAGGUCCUGAUCAUUAAAAAAUGAGAUAAAAAACUUAUGAAUAGUUUAGAAAUGGACAUUUUAGAUUGUUAAUUGCUACUAAUUUAAUGGGAAGAGGUAUUGAUAUUGAUAAAGUUAAUUAUGUUAUCAAUUUUGAUAUGCCUGAUUCUUUAGAAACCUAUUUACAUAGAGUAAGAAUCUCAAAUUUAGAAUAUUAGGUAGGAAGAGCAGGAAGAUAAGAAACUAAUGGAGUAGCCAUUUCAUUCGUUAAAUCAGAAGAAGAAAGUGGAGAUGCUAAAAAAUAAACUGAUGAAGAAGUAAAUUAUUAAUCUUAAUUAUUAGGUUUUAUAACAAAUCCUUAAAUAAUAUCCUGAUAAAGUAUAAUAGUUGCCUUAAGAUUUGUCUACAUUGGAUAAAUUCUGAUAAUGAUAGUAUUAAAUAAUAUAAAAAAAUAGUAAAUUCAUCU